UAUAAGGUGGAAUUGUAUGAUCCAAGAUCGGGUGGUUUCAUGCCGUCGACGCCUGGUAUCGGCAUGCACGUUGAAGUCCGUGACCCUAAUGACCACAUUGUGCUGUCCAGGGUGUACUCUUCAGAAGGCAUGAUCUCCUUUACCUCCACGAUACCUGGGGAACACGUAAUUUGCAUGUACUCUAACAGUACUUCAUGGUUUAGUGGAUCACAGCUCAGGGUCCACCUUGACAUCCAAGUGGGCGAGCAUGCAGUGGACUAUGCUAAUGUAGCCGAGAAAGACAAGCUGAAUGAACUCCAACAGAGAAUCAGACAGCUGUUGAACCAAGUCCAUCAGAUCACUAAGGAACAGAGCUAUCAGAGGCAUCGAGAAGAAAGGUUCCGUCAGACAUCAGAAAGCACAAGCCAAAGAGUUGUGUGGUGGAGCCUUCUCCAAACUGCAGUCCUCAUCGGCAUUGGUGUGUGGCAAAUGAAACAUCUAAAGAGCUUCUUUGAAGCCAAAAAAUUAGUGUAACAUAUAAUUAUUUGAACAAUUUUUUUCUUUUCUUCAUUGUCGCAAUCAAAACUUUGUCAAGAGCUUCUUUUUGCCAGUGUCAAGAUUUAGCCAGUCCUGCUUAAAGACUAUUUAUUUAUUUUAAAACUGUCAAAAAUAGCUGUGGAUGCCAAGACGUGUUUUGUUAUCUGCUAAAACAUUUUUUUUUAAUUCUCUUUAUUUAAUCUGUUCCUCAUACUUUGUUGUUGUGUGUGUAUAUGAUCUGUAUUUUUUCAAUAAAA